UUCACUGGAGCCACAUGUGAAAUUGAGGUGAAUCAUUGUGCGGGAGAGAUUUGUAAGAAUGGAGGAACCUGCAAACCUACCCAAGACGGUUUCUUCUGUCAUUGUAAGCCUGGAUUCACGGGUUUACUCUGUGAGACCCAAAUAGACCAGUGCGCUGUGCAAAAUCCCUGUCAGCAAGGGCAGUGUGUGCAGGAAGGCAACCAUAUAAAAUGUGACUGCAAGGUUGGAUGGACAGGUCAGUACUGCGAGAUUCAGCUGGACCUCUGUAAGGAUGAAAAUCCCUGUCAGCACGGUGAUUGUCUAGGUGGACUACCAGGCACACGGAUUUGUGAUUGUGGCGUGGACUAUCGUGGGGAAUCUUGCGAACAAAGGAUUACAUACUGCCAGUUGAAGCCCUGUCUCAAUAAUGGAACAUGUGUGGAGCGAUUCGCUGAUGGUUACUCAUGCGAUUGCCAUGAAGAUUUCACUGGCGCCAACUGCGAGACAGAAAUUGAUUUGUGUGCCGAAUGGCCUUGUGACAACGGUGGGACGUGCGUGGUCCAGGACCAUCGACCGUUCUGUCAUUGUCGGGCUGGCUUCACUGGAGAACACUGUCAAACUGACAUAUCUAACCCGUGUGAUAACGUAACAUGCUUGCAUGGUGGCACCUGCUAUGUGCACGACGCUAAAGCAUUUUGUCAGUGCCCACCAGACUAUACUGGAAUACUCUGUGAAACGUUUGUGGUGACUAUUCGACGUUCAACUUUUAACCAUGACCAUCAGAAGACAUCAUCGUUCAAUCUCUAUUUCAACGGCGAGCCGUCCUCACAAAAGAUUGUAUCAAGAGAUUUUCCCUCAACUCUCUUGAGAGAGUUCACACUAUGCGGCUGGGUCUUCUAUGCGCCAUACCAGUUGGUAACACCUGAUAGCGAUUUGGGUGCAUUUGUCCAGCUGAACACCACCUCUGGAUCUUCGAUUCUCUCCAUCGAUAACACCGGUGUGACGAUCAAUAACAACUUCCAUAUACCAGCGAAACUUUACGUAAUGGCCUGGCAUCACGUAUGCGUACGCAGUCCACACUAUGUCGACCAGGAUCGACCAACUUGGACUAUAUUUCUCGACGGAGUUUUUGCUGCCAAUGCGAGCUAUGAGGUGCUUAAAGUCAGCGCCGACAUCCGCUGUCUCAUACAGAUUGGUGCGAAUGAUGGAAAUCGAUUCAGAGGAGAGAUCAGCCUUGUUCAGCUGUACAUUGCCUAUAUGGAUGACAUGGAUAUUGCGAAGAUGGCAUUCCAGUGUCGUGAUUGGAUGACUGCAAGCCAUCCUGACUUACAUAUCAAACAAUGGACCGAUUUCACUACGGUUCAACGGAACAAUCCGGGAGUGAUGGCACUUUAUCCGGGUCUUUGUGAUGUAUCUGAUUGUUUACCGGGUAGAUCGAGUUGCAAUACAAAAGAUAAGAUCCCACCAAUAGUGCGGUCGUGUCCGAGGAAUAUACGAAAAGUCUCUCCGAAUCGACUGACACGAGUCGACUGGGACACCACCAAUAUGUUCACCGAUAACGUUGGCGUUGUGUCGGUGAAAAGUAACUAUCGUAGCGGGCAAUCGUUGACAUGGGGCUACUACCGUGUCGUAUACGAGGCCAAAGAUGCUGCUGGCAACAACGCUGUUUGCUCCUUCUCCGUUGUCAUAUCGCCGUCGGAAUGUCAAGCACCAGAAGCCGAUAAACAGGUACUCUUCAGUUGA